UCCUGGAAAAUAUCCUGCGGAGCCACGUAAACACCGGUUGUUUCAUUAUAUAACCAGCGACUGACAAAAACUGCAGUAGAGUACCAGUGUUGACCAAGAGAUGUCCUGCAUGCUGAAUAUGAGCACCUUACGCCCCCACAGAGACCAGUAACCAAUGGCAACCUCAGUCCAGACCCUUCCUCUGACCCGUGGCCCCGACAAAAACUUCCGUAACCCUUUCCCAGCCCGGCCCCUCUCCUCCCGCUGCGGCAUGGGAAGCGUGGGCAGUCUGGUAGAGAGGCCAGAUGUGUCUCCGACCAAAGGCAGCCGCGCGGUCCCCCAGGUGAGACCCAAACAGACCAACGGCCUCCUGAAGAAAGGCUUCACCCAGAGAGAGCUACUCAACUACCUCAACAUCACCAGAAAAGAGCCUACAGCAAACCCAGGAAGCGAUAGCAAGAAGGAUAUUAUCUCUGGCCUCAGCUCUGUCAGUGGCCGUGAGGAGGACAAUAUGUACGCCAAGGUCUACCAUAAAGAUGGCACCGAAGUAGAUUUGACAAAGAACUCGCUGCCAAGCGGGGGGAAGUAUGAAAAGGCUCGUUUCAGAUCAUCGGCCUUCAAGCCCGUCACCCCCAAAAACUUCAGCUCCAUGCAGAACCUCUACCCGUCUUCCAAGUCGGAGGAUGUGGACCAUGGCCUUUCCAACGGGUUGCGCAGAGCUUACGCCCAUGUCCCUAAAGCUGUCUCCACCUCCUCUUCCUCUUCCUCACCCUCCCGUCACGGUGGACCGUCAUCCAGUGGUAACAAGACCCUCUCCUCGGUGCGUGGGAUGAGCCAGGAGGAUGAUAACCUGUCAGACUCGGGCCAUAACUCCAUGAACAGCCUGCCGCCGUACCGGCCUCCCUUCCGCCCACACCUGGCUCACAUCAGUGCAUCUAUGGGCCACAUCAACACCAUCGGCUCCCUGGACCGCACCUCUCUGGGCCCGAAGGCUGUAGGCUCAGAGGGUGUGGCUAUAGGGGAGAUGGCCUGUCGGAGCAUGGCAACCCUGAGUCGAUUGGCUCCAUAUGGAGGGGAGGCUCCACCUCCGUAUGAAUGGACACUCUCUCUGUCCGUGGAGGAAGUGGUGCGGGACCUGGAGGAGCGCCUGGUGGAGAAAGAACAUGAGCUGAAACAGAUGAAAAGAAACCUGGAUGAGAGUGAGGGCGCCAUCGCUCAGGUGUUUGAAGGGAAACAGCGUCUGUGGGAGAAGGAGGUGGAAGAGCUGAAGCGCCUUUAUGCCGCCAAGCUGCGUCAGGUUUCCCAGCAUGCUCAGCGUUCCCAGCGCAGCCUGCAGUUGCAGCUGUUCAAGGCCCAGCAGGAGAAGACCCGACUGCAAGAGGAGCUCGACAGUCUGAAAAGGGAAAGGAGCCAAGAAGAUGGAGCCGUAGCAAAACGAACCAGCCUGACCCUGGAGGAGACGCAGUGGGAGGUUUGCCAAAAGUCAGGGGAGAUUUCCUUGCUGAAGCAGCAGCUGAGGGACUCCCAGGCAGAGGUGACCCAGAAGCUGAGUGAGAUCUUCCAGCUCAAGACGCAGCUGAGGGAGACCCGCACGGAGCUGCGCAACAGAGAGGGCCAGAUAGAUGCACUAAAGCUCGUCCUGCAGGGGACCCAGCGUCGCAGGUGUCCCUCUCAGAAUGCACAUGAAGAAGGAAAAGGAGCUGAAGAGAGGACGUCUGCUGGGGCAACAGGAGGGUGCGGGGGCCCUACAGAGGAGCGUCUGCGCGCAGAGCUCCUGUUGGAGCGACGCCAGAGCGAGGCCCAGGCCAUGGCUUUUGAGGAAGAGAGGCACACAUGGCAGACAGAGAAGGACAAGGUCAUCCGCUACCAGAAGGAGCUGCAGGCCAGCUACUUAGAGAUGUAUCACCGCAGUGAAGUGCUGGAGAGGGAACUGCACCAGCUGAGGGCAGGCAGAGAGCAAGGAGCAGCAGGAGGAGAAGGAGGAGAAGAGGGGAGCAGAAAUGGGACACUGGAAAGAGAAGUGCCAGAGCUGAGGAGUGAGAGAAUGGGGGAGAAACAAGAGGACAGACCUUCCUCUGGUUUGCCGUGGAUAGACAGGAUUGAAUCAUCUGAAAUUUGACUGUGACAGACUUGUUUGCAAUGCAAACUGUUUUCUCCCUGAAGUAUGGGAGCUAUGGAGGACCAUGUCUGCCAGGAAAAGGAAAAAAAUAGAAUCAGCUCACUAAGUCAAAAUUAUAAAAAAGGAAGUCAAAAUUAUGACAUAAAUUAAAGUUUUAACUAAAACAAUUUUUUGAUAGUUAAAGAAAAAUUGAUACUGAGAUACCAAGUUAAA